GUUUUAAUUUUAACACUAUUGACAUUUGACAGAUUCUGAUAUUCAUUGCAUCAUUGGGGGGUUGGGGGUUGCAUAAUGAGGUCUGUCAUUGAGUCAAAUGGCGUGGCUUCGAUCACCCGCAUGUACGCGACAAGAAGUACAUUCGCUUGUCCAGCCUUGUGGUUUUUCUCAAGCGAGUUAUUAAAAUAAAAUUAAACCAUGUGUUAGAUUCAAUAUCACGACACAGCUGGUCAUUUAGUAUAGAAAUCAAAGCAUGCGCGCGUCGUAAUCUAAAUAAUUAUAAUAUACAGGCGGGACACGUUGGCUUAAUCAUCAAAAAAUCAUGUUAAGGUUCAUGGCGCACCUUAUCCGAAGAAAUCGGUCUCGUUACGUCAUUUUGAUUUUAUUACCCCUUUCGUUAUUGGUAAUAUUUAUGAACUGUAAUCAGCAAUAUGACAAAGCGAUGCUUGGUAUAGGUCAAUUGGGCCAAGAGAAACAGAUUGUAAGCCAAAAUUUUCAAAAUGAAGCGCCGCUUGCACAGAAUACGAUAUCCAAAGUUCCCAUUCGUAAUACAAGGAGCGAAGAUGGACAUUGCUGGUUCUCCACUGUAGCCGAGAAUCACAUUAACUGCAGGAGGCUAUUUGUUAAUGACGUCCCCUAUAUUAAUCGGGUUGCAGGGUAUCAGGCGCCCGCUUCUCACAAAACCUGUAGCUUGGAAUUACUGAGUAAAGACUGUUCCGGAUUAAAAGAAUUUCAUGGAUACACGUCGUGGCCAGUUACAAAAGAAGAAAGGGACUUUCCCGUAGCAUUUUCAAUUAAGAUGCACAGAAGUGUCCGACAAGCCGAGCAGUUGCUAAGAACAAUAUGGCGGCCCCAAAACGUGUAUUGUAUUCACGUGGAUAAGAAAGCAAAACCUGGAAUAUUCGAGACUAUAAAAAACAUCGGCUCCUGUUUUAAUAAUGUGUACGUUUUAGAAGAAAGAUUGGACGUGAUGUACACGUCUAUUGAUAUGAUGCAAACUGAUCUAAUGUGCAUGAAGAAACUCCUGGAAGUUAAUUCUGAAUGGAAAUAUUACAUUAAUUUAAGUGGCCAAGAAUUUGUCCUGAAAACUAAUUUAGAAAUAGUGAAAAUAUUAAAAAUCUUAAAGGGCGCCAAUGACAUAGAAUCGUAUAUAUUUCCUUUAAAAGAUUACAAAAGAUUUAAAUUUGUCCAUGAACGAUCUCCUGAACGAGGAUUCCUUUUAGGAACAAACAAAGCCAAAAGUCCAAUACCUGAUCGGUUUUCUGCCAAGACAAAUACCAUCAGAAAGGGAAGCAUGUACGGUUGUUUCACUCGUGGCUUUGUGAACUUUACAUUAAAUAGUAAAAUCGCGAAAGAAUUAAUAAACUGGGCAGCGGAUGUUUAUGCUCCAGAGGAACUGAUCUGGCCGUCGCUUUCAUCUUUACCAGAAGCCCCAGGUAAUUUUUUGCAAAGGAGUUAUCGUUUUGUUGAGCAACGAAGGAAUAAUUUUAUUUCCAAAGCUGUGACAUGGACCUGGACAAAGAACCAUCAGUGUGUGGGCAGAUAUGUACGAUCUGUUUGUAUUUAUAGCAUCCAUGAACUAUCAUGGUUGUUGAUACAACCAAAUAUUGCUGCUAAUAAAUUUGAUGAGGAAUUUGACCAAGUAGUAAUUGACUGUUUAGAAGAAUCGCUGUAUAAUCGGACAUUUAGUCAAAAUUUAGACAAUUUCAACUGGUAUUUUUACUAUCAUGUUCCUCAUGUUGAUGGUAGACACUCAAGAGCUACGUGAAGGGGGCGUCAUGGGUUUAGAGUGUUUGCGAACGCUUUUCUGUUGCUGCUCCUAAACUGUGGAACAAGCUACCAUCAUAUAUUAAGGAUGCAAAAUCAUUGUGUACAUUCAAAUCCUUGCUAAAACACACAUAUUCAGUGAAGAUGAUGGGAAACUGUCGUAAAUGUGACAGACUCAGCAUCAGUAAGCAAACUUUUGGAUACGAGGCGAUGUACAAAUCCAUUAUUAUUAUUAUUUAAAGGCGUUUUCGUGGCGGGUUUUAAAACUAUUGGCAGAUUCUCAUCUUCAUUGCGUGUUGUAUCAUAAGAUCUGACAUUGAGUCAAGUGGUGUGGCUUCGAUUCCCCCACUUGUACGUGACAAGGAGUAGGGUCGCCUGUCCAACCAUGUGAAUUUUCUCCGAAAUGACUUAGUAUGUGCCGAGUGCACGUUAAAUCCCCGACUCUCUCUGAUGUCCCCCCCCCCUCCAGUAUUGAAUGCCUUACCCCCAAGCACAUACAUUUAAGUAAUUAUUGAUCAACUAUAAUUCACUUCUAUGCCGUGCUCCAUUUCAUUUCAUUUCAUUUCACUUACCACCCAACCCUGCCAUGAAUGACAAUGUCUAAACCCUUGUAAAUGUUUAAGCCAUUAAAAUAAAUCGAAUAUGUACUGUAUAUUUAAUGAGAAACAAUUGAAGGGCCCCGGGAAAGAACGAAUCCCAGUUAAUGGCGCCAUCUGGUAGGAAAUUGUAUAAGCUUUCUCUGGAACAAUCAAUUUCAGGUAAAAACGAUCGGAGUCACAUCGAACCAAGGCCCUUCUAAAAUGGCCUCCCGGACAAAUACAAGUCCACCGUACCCUUUAUUUGACCUUAAUUUGGCUGAAAAGUGGAAGAGAAUUGUUGUACUGGUAAUUAUGAUUCGUAUUAAACAUCAUUUUGAAGCUGUAAUUAAACCCACUAGUUGUUCUGUUCGCGUCAAGCAUUCUCGUCCAAAAGUCUGUUUUGCCUUUUAUGAGAAAAGACAAAAAUGUGACUUAGAUCGUUCUUCCCCUGGAUUCUUCAAUUGUUAUAGUAUAGAGAUAUUAAAUGCGCAUUACCGCCCCUGGGCCCGAUUCCUAGAAAAUUCUUAAGCACGUUCUAGUGCUUAGAUUUAAGUAGACUUUGCAUUUAAGUAAACUUACCUUAUUUUGUGUUCCCAGAAAAUUCUUAAGAACGUUCUUGUGCUUAGAUUUUAAGUAGACUUCAUUGUAAGCACAAGAAAGUUAUUAUGCGUUCCAAGAAAAAACUUAAGCACAACUUCGUUCUUAAACAUAGUCAAUCUAAGCACAAGUCCCAAGCAAGGUAUACGGCUUGCUUACCAACCUUAAGUCUGUUUCUGCUACAAAAAGAUGGCUGACCUUAGAGUUAUUCGACGGCAUUUCCGACACCUUUUGAUACCAGAGAGACAAUUAUAAGACAGAGAAAAUCCUUCUCCAGAAGAAAUUAAGAAUGCUAUAGAAAAUUUCGCUUCAACCCUGAAACCAUUUUAUUUAUUUGCCAAUUAGUAAAGAAUAGGCUACAAACACACAGGCUACUUUAAGAUCAGGCGCUCUCACAAUUAUUCACUUAGUUUGUAUGUGUCUGCGUUUUUUUUUUAUCUUGUGGCACAUUUUAUAUGUGUAUAGGGGACAUGUCAAAUACAUCUAAAUCAACCAUAUAUUUAUAUAUAUAUAUAUAUAUAUAUAUAUAUAUAUAUGACGUCAAUGAAGCAGACGACAAAUUUAUGACGUAAUUCGCAUACCAAAGUUGUUUUUAUGACUUUAAAGAGCAUCGUAGUCUCAGUUUAUGGUAAACUUUACCAGUCACAAUGUGCUUAGACUUAUACUUGACUUGUGCUUACGUAAGAAUGGUCUUGAGAAUUUUCUAGGGACGGUAUUUUUAUAAGUUUCUUACGUAAGAAAAAAAAGUGAAGCAUAACUUUGUGCUUACUUUAAGAAUUUUCUAGGAACCUGGCCCUGUCUAUAUAAUAUUCCCGAGGCACAUUAUUUCCAACGCAUUAUCAAGGUAUCCUAGCAUACAGACAAUAGAUAAUCGGAAAUAAAAACCCCGUUCCCACAAUGAAUACACACGACUGGAAAUGCUGUCUAGACAAAAUGCAGCUUAUGUAAAAAAUUGAAAUGAUUUUAGCCUGUGGAUUUACCAGCAUACGACAUGGAUCAAAGCAAAUUUACAAUGAAACUUUGCUGCACAAGGGUUUAAUUCAAAUCAAAUGUCAGUAACCGUCCAACAUUACGCUGUCUGACACAUAGUCUGGGAGAGCACGGUGUCAGUUGUUAACCCAUGUGGACCCUGCAGAGUAGUGCAAGAAGCUGGCAGCGUUCGACCAUGUCGGAUAAUGUAUCAACAUUCCGAUUCUGUUACAUGGAGGAGAUCAGACUGAUCCGCAGUGAAUAUUCGCUAGGCUGCGACAAUCACUGAUAAGGAUGACAUCGAUGCGACUUAAUUAAUGAGCCACAAAUAUUAGCUUUUUUCCUUCGACAAAUUAAAUUCUAAAACAUUUUUUUUUAUGUAUUAGAAAAAUAAAUAAAGACAUUUGAAAUAUU